GUGCGUUGAUGUGACGUCAUGGGAAAACAGGAAACGCUUUACAGAAAAUCAAAACGUAUGUACAACGUGGGUUAGCACAACUUUUGUUAACAGAGAGCAGUUUGUCGACUCGUACAUAAAUGAAGAACUUGUGAAUCUAAAUAGACCAUCUGGUAUAAUUUUUGGAUUUCACGACGCUCGAGUCAUGGCUCUGAACAAGUCAAUGCAUCCCCGGAACCGCUACAAAGAUAAACCUCCUGACUUUGCUUAUUUAGCUUCCAAGUAUCCAGAGUUCCAGCAGCAUGUGCAGACCAGCCUGGUGGGACGACCGGUCGUGAAUUUCAAAGAGCCAGAAGCAGUCCGGGCAUUGACUUGCACCUUGCUUAAAGAAGACUUUGGUUUGACUAUUGAAAUUCCUCUGGAGCGUCUCAUACCCACAGUUCCUCUACGUCUCAACUACAUUCACUGGGUGGAGGACCUUAUUGAUGGACAAAAGCAGCCACGCCGUGGCAUUGAUAUUGGCACUGGAGCAUCUUGCAUAUACCCUUUAUUGGGAGCCACAAUGAAUGGUUGGUACUUUCUAGCUACAGAGGUAGAUGACAUUUGUUUUAACUAUGCCAAGAAAAAUGUGGAGCAAAACAAUAUGUCAGACCUUAUUAAAGUUGUGAAGGUCCCACAGAAGACUUUACUCAUGGAUGCCUUGAAAGAGGAGACAGAGAUUGUUUAUGACUUCUGUAUGUGCAACCCGCCAUUUUUUGCAAAUCAGCUGGAAGCAAAGGGGGUCAACUCCAGAAACUCUAGACGGCCUCCCCCCAGCUCAGUGAACACAGGUGGGGUGACAGAGAUCAUGGCGGAGGGUGGAGAACUCGAGUUUGUCAAGAGGAUCAUUCAUGACAGUCUGCAGUUAAAGAAACGCUUGCGAUGGUACAGCUGCAUGUUGGGGAAAAAAUGUAGCUUGGCACCAUUGAAAGAGGAACUGAGAAAACAAGGGGUACCCAAAGUGACAUACACAGAGUUCUGCCAGGGGCGCACAAUGCGUUGGGCAUUGGCCUGGAGUUUCUAUGAUGAUGUGAUUGUUCCAUCUCCUCCCUGUAAGAAACGUAAACUGGAGAAGGCACGGAAACCAUUGUCAUUCACACUUCCAGAGGCAGGGCUGAAGGAGCUGCAGAUGAAAGCCUCUGCUUUGGGAUGCACUGGUAGUUGCCCUGUGGAGGGUGUCACUGCUCUUCUAGAGAAAUCAUUAACUGAGCUACGAGUGCUGUUUAAACAUGUCCCAUGCAGAAAGCAAGAACAGAGUCUCUUUUUGACCGCUGUGGAGAACACAUGGAUACAUGGACGUCAGAGACGGCGUGAGCAGAAACGACAGUUGAGAGAGCUUCCAAGAGCCCCACAAGGUGCUACUCUCCAAAACACUGCUGCUACAGCACCACAGCCCUCCACAACUGAGUGUAACACCCAAGAAAAUAUACAAGCUUCCUGUAGCCCAGAACAGUGUUGCCAGACUGAACCUGCAGUGACAAGUGAAGAACCAAAGGAACAAACAGAGGCUGGCUCUGACCACAUGACCACCACCAGCUCUGACACUGUAUUGAACACAAGUCUAAAGGAAGGACUCACUACAGAAAACUGUUCAGCAUUACAUCCGCCCCGCAGCCCCAGUGCAAUCGAACACUUCCUCUUUAAAUGUUUGCUGAAUGUGAUGCUUGAGGAGAAAGAUGUACUGGUGGAGUUGCAUUGGGUGGAGGGUCAGAACAAAGACCUAAUGAACCAACUUUGCACGUACCUCAAGAACACACUGUUGAGGUCUGUGGCGAGGUAAAUGUGUAGUUCAGGUGUGCACAGAUGUUAGUAUUUGGAUCUCUUGGGAUUUUUUUCCCUUUUAAUUAUACUGCCUGAUAUUUAUAGCAAAUAAUGAUUCAAAAUAUUGGUUAUUUGUUCCAGUGAGUUGCAAUGCACUGUAAAGCCACAAGAGGGCAAAACAUUUCCUUUUAUUUGCCUCUCUUGGUAUUUUUUAUUAAGUGUUUAACGGUCGGUUAUUAGUUUUAGUUAAGAAAGUAAUCUAUAUUGCUUUCUUGGACACUUUGUAUGCAUCUAACUGGUUCCAUGACUUGUCCAAUCAACCACAAGAGAAACAAGCUAAAUGUUCACAUCAGGCUGUUCCUCAUACCAAAUUUACAUUAACCUACAUUAUAAUGAAUGUCUUUGCAUCUGUAUUUGUAUUAUUCUAAUAAAAGUCAUGAUCCAAAGCACAAAGUA